CUGGCCAUAAAUUGCGAAGUUUGGAUGACUGCGGCCAGUUCGAAGUCAUGCCACUUAAACGCAUAUCGUAAGCGUACAGAUGGCGAAAUUUGCUGUUUCGAAGCGCAUGACGGCGUUGUGUAUAAACCUGGUGACACCGUCUAUAUAGAGGCGACUCCAUCCGAUCCCUAUGUAGUCGGAUCAAUUACAAUGUUUAAAAUGACGAAACGGGACAUGCUUUCUGUGAAGGUGUCCCGAUUUUAUCGACCGGAAGAUGUGCCGGAAGUUUCAUUAAGUCUCAUAUCGCAAGAGCGGUUAGAAAUGAAUUUUUCUGUCGAGCCAAGUCCGGAAGUUCUUUCGCGAGAGCUGUUCACCUCAGAUACCACAGCCUUCCACUCCAUUUCCAGUCUAAGAGGAAAGUGUACGAUCACUUUUGUCAAAGACAUCCGAAGUCUUGGUGAUUGUGACCUGGGUAAAGACAAUACAUUCUUCUCUUGCUUAUCCUACAAUCAAGAAUCAUCAAGGCUGGCGUCUGUACAAGGAGAAAUUCGUGUCGGAGCCUCUUAUCAGGCUAAGCUGCCAGCUGAGGCGUCGUGCUCAGUGGCAGACGAACCCGAUCGCGAUGAACUACUCUACCGACCUGGUAUGAUUGAUCCAAGCACUGAAGACAAGUACAUCAAGCUUGCUCGAAGCUUUCGAAUGUUUGCCAUGAUGGAGACAAGAAUGAUGGACACCGAAAAGCAUUCGAGAGUAAGCGAUCUUCUGUUCGACGAUGCCCUCACCACAUUGCAUCGUUGUGGCUAUAAAUUCGAUGAGGCUCUCAAGGAAAUGAAUGCAAACGAUAAGCUGCUAUCUGCAGAUGCAAACUUCAUGACUGUGGACGACACAAAGAAAUUUUGCAAAGGAAUUAAAACGAUUGGAAAGAAUUUUAUGCGAAUCAGUCGAGAAUUACUUCCGCUGCACAGCAGGGAUCAGCUGGUCGGUUUCUACUAUUUAUGGAAGAAGACAUCAGAUGCUGUUAAACCCAAACCGCUCUCUCGUCAGCGCAAUCAAGUUACGUCAAUCAAGCGAACCGCAAAGAAUGCUCAGAACAAGACAUCUCGACCCGCAUCAACGGAAUUACUGGAUUAUGCCUCUGCAAGCGAGGGUGAAAUGGAGACUCUGGACGCUGAGAAAGCAGCGCAGUACGCGUGUCAUCAUUGCUAUGGCUCCAAGAGUCGAGACUGGCAUCAUGCUGGUCGUGAUGGGCUUCUAUUAUGCUCUGACUGCCGACUGUUUUACAAAAAGUACGGUCAACUCAGACCAGUUGAUCGUCCAUCAACUGUGCCUCCGUGCUUGUUCAAGCGCAGUCCAUCGUGCGCCGAUGUCGAUGAGGACAGCGGCGUGAGAACUAGGGCAGGAAAGAAGGAACGGCGGAGGUUAGUCGUGCUUUUUGUUGAUGUCCGCCAAGAAGAAACGGGUAUGUUUUCAAGCUUUGCCCUUUGUCAGUUUUACUACUGUGGUAAGGAAGAAGUUAAUGCCGAGGAGAACAAGGCAACCACAGCGCCCAGCAGCGUCAAACGGGAAAACGACACAACUGAGACACCUGCCGCUACUAGCCCGGUUUCAAACGAGAAGUCACGAUUGGACACUGCCGUCGCUGAAUGCGAAGUAAUCCAUUCUUCUGAAGACUUGUCGUUACAAAUCUGA